GUCGUCGGAACGCUCUCAUCGUAAACAGAGAGAUCAGCUGUACAGCAAUCGUGUGGGUCGCCGAUCGCCUAAAAGCCAGUGAGUCGUCGCUGAUAGGCAGUCCUAUUGAGUAAACGUCGUGAGUGGUCACACGAGCAAGGCAAUCCCUGCUCUGACGGAACCAUGAGUGGACCCGUCGCGGAGGAGGAGCUCCGUCGCAGGAACGUACCCGCGUCGAGCAACAUCGCGUCAAGCGACUCUGAACGUGAAGAAUCCGAAGCGGCACCCAAGACUCAUCCUAUCUUGAAACGUGUCGGCCAGUUUACCGAUAGGAAAGACUCGGACUUCUCUGAAGAUGAGCGGCUUCCUGAAGAACGCCGAAUCGAACAAAUCGCGAAGGAGAUGCCGCAGGGAACUGAUAAAGGUCUCCCCUUGCUGGACGACUGGCUCUCAGGCCUACCGGAUAGAUGGAGGAACGGAAUUAUCCGCUUCAUCUCGACGUGGAUCAUGGUGACCGCCUUCGGGCUCGUCGUAUGGUUCGGACCUAUCCCGAUCAUGCUAUCGAUUCUGGCCAUACAAGUGAAGUGUUUCCAUGAGAUCAUUUCGAUCGGGUACGCGGUCUACCGAGUUCAUAACUUGCCGUGGUUCCGCUCGCUCUCAUGGUACUUCCUGAUAACGUCCAACUACUUCCUCUACGGAGAGAGUCUAGUCGACUACUUUGCCAUUUUCGGGAGCAGGGCGAGAAACCUGUCGUUUCUUGUCACUUACCACAGAUUCAUCUCCUUCUGUCUGUACAUCACCGGCUUCGUGUGGUUCGUACUUUCGCUUGUCAAAAAGUACUAUAUGCGCCAGUUCUCGUUGUUCGCCUGGACUCACGUGACCCUGCUUCUGAUCGUCACCCAAUCGUAUUUGAUCGUGCAGAACCUAUUCGAAGGCCUGAUCUGGUUCAUCGUACCCGUUUCGAUGAUUAUCACGAAUGAUAUCAUGGCAUACGUGUUUGGAUUCUUCUUCGGCAAGACACCCCUCAUAAAGCUGAGUCCUAAGAAAACCUGGGAAGGUUUCAUCGGCGGAGGGAUCUCUACUGUGAUUCUCGGCGCGCUCUUGUCUCAUGUUUUGUGCAGCUUCCCGUAUUUCGUAUGUCCGAUCGCAUACGACAGCGUCUCCGACUCAACGAACAUGGAUUGCGAGCCAUCCUACCUGUUCCAGCUCCAAGAGUACACUUUGCCGGGCUGGAUGGGCAUUUUCUCGAAGGUGUUCCGUCUGAAGGUAACCACCUACCCGUUCGUAAUCCAUUCGAUCGCGAUGUCCCUGUUCAGCUCCAUCAUCGGACCGUUUGGAGGCUUUUUCGCCAGUGGAUUCAAGCGUGCUUUCAAAAUCAAGGAUUUCGGAGAUGUUAUUCCCGGUCAUGGAGGAAUCGUCGAUCGCUUCGACUGUCAGAUUCUCAUGGCCACGUUCGUCAACGUUUACUAUGACUCGUUCAUCAGAGCCCCGGAUCCGAAGAAACUUUUAGCUCAAAUCAUGCUCCUGAAGCCCGAGUUCCAACAAAAACUCUUCAACUCACUCAGAGAAACUCUCCUCGAAAAGGGAUCUCUAUCCGAGGCGACCGUGGAUCUACCGAACACCGAAAGCCAAUAGACGAACACCCUAAGAGCGACCAGAUCGCCUGUUCUUAGAUCGGUCGAUAGGAAUGCUCUGAUCACGAAUCGAUAGACCGCCUCUGCGUGGAUUGUGGGCAGGGAGACCACGAAGAUCACUGUCGAGGAGAUGUGACAAAGCGAAUUAUUGUUCCCGCUGGUUAUGGCAGCAGAUGUUACGGCUACUCUACAAUACAACCGUCUGUUUCUCCUUUAUUUCUCAACGAUUUUAGAUCGAGAUCUCAGCUCAUACCUCAUUGGAAGGAGGCAAAGGCGUUACCGAGUAUUCAUCCGUCGAGCGUCGACGAAGAAGAUGAAACUGAUGCGUUUAAUGGUUUUUAGGCAAAUGUAGGUAGGAGCUCCCCAUUCCAAUUCACAGAUUCGGAAUCCGUGUGCAAUUACCAGAGUCAUUAUAAGGAGCUGAUACAACUCGAUGUCGAUCAAUCAUGUGAAGCCGAUGAGGAGGAUCGAACCUCAGAUACCUUAACAAUGUCGAACCCUAAAUCUUUCGCGUGGGAGGACAAAAACCACGUCAAGUGGUUAGGAACUUUUUUCCCAAGGUGCCACGAAGCGACUCGGUGGCUGAAGUGGUGCCGAUGACAUUAUUAUGAUUGUUGUCGUCGAAUAGAUUCCUGUAUUUAAGCUGCAAUAUAGCCAAGUCGACUAGGAUGCCUAUUGAGGUAGACAGUGUUUUUUGAUUUUGUUUCUAUGUAUCCUUCAAGUUGUGAUGUGGCCAUGGUCAGAUGCUCUGACCGACGCUUCUUUUAAUUACUCUGCGCCCACCCAUUUAUUGAAUGUAGUACGAGAGAAGCCCUCGCCUUCCGAGUGGAUGGCCCAAACCGAGUUUAUUGUUUGUAAAUACGUACCUAAAUGUCCUUCUAAACCGAAUAAAGAUGAUGAUCCACCGGGUGUCAC